AUGAAUAUCCAGUCAGCUAUCAACAGGGAGGUAUUUGCUCCCCGGGAUGAGAGGAUGCUAGUGGCUGUGGAGGUGAAGAGGAGAAAGAGGAAAAGGAUCCCCUUUCUGCCCACUGGAGGCAAGGGAGAAUACAUGACAUACAUCUGUUUGUCAGUGACCAAUAAGAGGCCAGCUCAGCUCCUCAUCACCAAAGUCAAGCGGUUUGGAGGCUCCGCCCCCUUCACCAGAAGGUCACAGUGGGCCGUGGAGCAGCUUCGCCAGAUCAACGGCAUCAACCCCAACAAGGACUGCCCAGAGUUUGACCUGGUGUUCGACAACGCCUUUGACCAAUGGGUGGCCAGCUCAGCGCCAGAGAAGUGCAUCUUCAUCCAGAUCAUGUACCACGCCUGUCAGACCUAUUGGGAAGGCAAGGAGGGGGUCUCUGGUAGCCCAGCUGGAGACCAGCAGAAGGGCCAAAGAGGUCAAGGGGGCCAGGGUAGCCCAGGGGCCCAAGGGGGCCAGAUAGGAGGACCAGGGGCCCAGGCUAGACGGAAGAGCACCGUGGGUCCCAGGCCCCGUCAUACUGAGUUUGUCAACUGUCAGUCCAAACUCACGGGAGAUGCCUGCAAAAUGAAUCUGGUCCUGUACCGUUGCAAGGUCUUUUUCAACCGUAUGAAGAAGGUGAUGGUUUCAAACCAAAGCCGUUCUCAGGCUGGAGGUCCUAGAGCAGGUCCCAGUGGGCAGCGCCCUCCAGGGGGCAGUAUGGGUAGUGUAGUCCAGAGGGCCAGCCAGGCCCUGCAGGAGCGUGGGGAGAGACUGGGCCGGGCCGAGGACAAGACGGUAGACCUAAUGCACAAAGCCCAGCAGUUUGCAGACACUGCUCACAAGCUGGCUCUGAAGUAUUCAAACUAG